AUGCUCGCCAAGCCUGCCAACCGAAAGACCAAAUACGGCCCCUACUCCGCCAGCAUGAGAAGGAAAGUUUCGAAAGCCAGCGGGCACGUCCUGGACUCCGUCGCCAACCGAGCCAGCGUGUGGCUGAAGGAGCUGCCACGCCGAGAUGGCCAGGAGAUGUCGGCGUCCAGCCUGGUGGACCUGUCCGCCGCUGCCACCACCCUCAAGCGGCCCACCAGCCUCAGCCGCCACGCCAGCGCGGCCGGCUUCCCUCUGUCUCCGGUGGUCCCCCGGGGCCUCGCCAAGGCCGCCAAGCCCCUCGCGGCGCACAGCCCCGCGGAGAGCUACGAGGAGACCGUCCUGGAAGCCGAGGAGAUUGCGCAUCUGCUGGCGGACGUGGCCCGCUUCGCCGAAGGCUUGGAGAAACUGCGGGGCGUGAUGCUUCAGGAGGAGGAGGUGGAAUCGCACCGCUCGCUUGCCCACGAGUGUCUUGGAGAGGCGUUGCGGAUACUCCGGCAGGUCAUCAGCAAGUACCCUCUUCUCAAUACCGUGGAGACGCUGACGGCAGCUGGGACUCUUAUCUCCAAAGUCAAAGGUUUCAAUUAUGAAGCAAAGAACGAAGGAGACAAGCGGGAAUUCGAAAAGGCCCUGGAGACGAUUGCCGUCUCUUUCAGUAGCACAGUCUCCGAAUUCCUCAUGGGGGAAGUGGACUGCAGUACGCUCCUCUCUAUCCCUCUUAGCGACCACAAUCAGUCUAUGGAAAACAUAUACACCAGGAUUGCUGGACAGGGGACGGAAGAGAUCCCAACAGGCAUGGAAGACUUCAACUCGAACUGCCUGUUGGGAGAAGAGGUUGAUAUCCUUCUCCAGAAGUCUGAGGGUGGGGUGGAAAUCGCCCUCCAGUAUGCCAAGAAUAUCUCCAAGUACAUGAAGAAUCUUAUUGCCUACCUGGAGAAGAGGACAACUCUGGAAAUAGAAUUUGCCAAAGGGAUUCAGAAGAUGGUGAACACCUGCAAGCCACCCAUCACUCAGGAGCGGGACAUGCCUCUGCUCUCCAUCUAUUCGCUGGCACUGGAGCAAGACUUGGAGUUCAGCGCAACUUGUCUGCAGGCCUCCCACAGCUUGCGAACGGAAGCAUUCUUGCAGCCACUGACCAUAAGACGUCUCGAACAUGAAAAGCGACGGAAAGAGAUCAAGGAACAGUGGCACCGAGCGGAAAGGAAGCUGCAAGAAGCCGAGAGCAACCUGCGCAAAGCCAAGCAGAUAUACAACCAGCGCUCGGAGGAACACGAGAAGGCCAGGUCCGGGACGGUCAAAGCCAAAGAAGAUGAGCAAGCAGCGAGCAACACGGCGACCGCGAAGGCCUUGGACAAGAGGCGGCGUCUUGAGGACGAAGCCAAGAACAAGGUGGACGAGGCCAUGGCGACGUAUCGGACUUGCAUUGCGGACGCCAAUACCCAGAAGCAAGAGUUGGAAGACACCAAGGUGAACUCCCUUCGGCAGAUCCACGAGGUGGUUAAGCAGAGCGACCAAAUCAUCAAAUUGGCCACCGUCGCCUUCUACCACUGCAUGCACAUGCAGACGGCCCCCCUGCCCGUCCACUUCCAGACCUUGUGUGAGAGCAGCAAACUCUACGACCCCGGGCAGCAGUACGCCUCCCGGGCCAAGCGGCUGCACAGGGAGGACGAGCCGGAGACCCUGUACAAUUUUGAGCCCUACACGGCACACAACGGGUCUCCGCUGCCCCGAGCGCGAAAAGGCAGCGCCAGCACCAGUGAACUUGCAGUGUCUGCUGGCUCCGAUACACCCGAAAAAGAGGCCGCCUCCGAAGGGGCCCCGACGGCAGCCCUGCAGAGCGGGUCAGCCACGGUGGAGCGACGAGGACUCGCGGUUGCAGCCCCAGAAAUCACAUCGCCCACCGGCCCCUUCCGAAACGUCGGUUUAUCCAAAGCUGCCCGGACCCACCGGCUGCGGAAACUGCGGACCCCUGCCAAGUGCCGGGAAUGCAACAGCUAUGUCUAUUUCCAGGGAGCAGAAUGCGAAGAGUGCUGUUUAUCCUGCCAUAAGAAAUGCCUGGAGUCGCUGGCCAUCCAGUGCGGGCACAAGAAACUCCAAGGCAAGCUGCAGCUCUUUGGCCAGGACUUUCUGCAGGCUUCUCGCUCCAGCUCCGAUGGCGUCCCUUUUAUCGUCAAGAAAUGCAUCUGUGAGAUCGAGAAGCGGGCGCUGAAAACAAAGGGCAUCUACCGUGUCAAUGGCGUCAAAACUCGAGUGGAGAAACUGUGCCAAGCCUUUGAGAAUGGGAAGGAGCUGGUGGAGCUCUCCCAGGCUUCCCCGCACGACAUCAGCAACGUUCUGAAGCUCUACCUGCGACAGCUCCCGGAGCCCAUCCUGCCCUUCCGCACGUACAACAGCCUCAUGGGCGCAGCCAAGGAGAGCCUGCAGGGCGGGGCCGAGGGCAAGGCCGCGAAGAACGUGGUCGAGCUGGUGGACAAAGGGGCUGAGACGGACCAGGCGGUGGUUACCCUGGUGACGAAGCUGAAGGAACUCCUGUGCCAUCUCCCCCGGGAGAACCUGGCCACUCUGAAGUACAUCGUCCAGCACCUGAGCAGGAUUGUGGAGGUCGAACAUGACAAUAAGAUGACCUCCGGCAACCUGGGCAUUGUCUUCGGCCCCACGCUAAUGCGCCCCCGCCCCACGGAGGCCACCAUCUCUCUCUCGUCCCUGGUCGACUACCCCCACCAGGCGCGCGUCGUCGAGGCCUUCAUUGUCUUCUAUUCGGCCAUCUUUGAAGAGGACGGCGCAUUUCCGGAAGAGGAGCUGGAGGAGGAGGAGGGGACGGCCCAUGGCCAGGAAGACGCCUGCGAUCAGCCGCCCGGGAGCAUCCCGUAUCUUGCGGAGACCGUUGAACAGACCGAAAAUGCCGACAGCGACUCCUACAGAGAACCCAGCGUGGAGCAGUACAUCGAUUCAGACUCCGACCAGGAGGACGCCGCGGAGGCCGACACCAGCAGCGACGAGGAAACGCCGUCCCAGGCCGGGGCCGGCGAGGAAGAGGCCCUGCCCAGAACGUCCAGCGUCGGUCAAUCGGAUUCAGAGGUCGUCCCGCGCCCAAGACAGGAGGAGGACCCUCAGGAUCCAGAAGACGACGCGGUCUUCCAUAGAGGGACGGAGGUGGAGAACGGGGAAGGGUAG